CCCUCCACUCGUAGCCCCGAGAGGAAGAUGAGUAACCCGCAGCUAGGACUGCUAAAUCAUGGCAACGUUCAUGGAACGGUUAGCUUUUCUGCAGAAAGUGCCAACCCUGAUGAAGGCUACAGCAGAUGAUGAAAACCCCUGUCCUGGCUACCUGUUCCAAGAGAUUGGAAAAAUCUCUCAUGAGUCUUCAGGUUGUGGUCAGUGUUUGUUAGAAUACCUGCUGGAGAGGCUACAAGUGGAGUCCUGUCAUGUCAAACUUAAGGUGCUGAAGAUCUUUGUCCAUCUCUGUGGUCAUGGCUCAAAUUAUUUCCUCACAGAACUCAGACGGAACUCCACCUUCAUCCAGCAAGCAUCAGUUUACAGUGGGCCUCCUGAUCCCAUCCACGGCACAGCGCUGUACCAGAAAGUUAGGAAUACAGCACAGGAAGUAGCCCGGUUACUUUUCACAGAUGCAAUUUCCACUAGAAGUGGCAUCUCUCCGCUCAGCCUUGCUCCCCCAACAAUGGGUAUGGGAUCGGCAUCUUCCCACAGGUCAGGAAUGCAGGGAUUUGGAUACAGUCCAGGGAAACAGGCGACAGUAGGCAGCGACUCAAUACUGGAUAAGAUCCAGAAAGCUGCUGAGGUAGUGGCCAGUGCUGUCCUCCCCCCGACUGAGCACCAGGGCAUCCGUCUCCAUGACAACCAUUACCGGGCCGUGGUGGCGCCUUCUGCACCCAUAGAGGUGGCCGUGCCAGCGUGUGCCUACAACCUGCCUGCUUGUGGACCAAAAGCAGUGACCAAGCGGUGUCCAGGGCAGGUAGGAGGCGGCUGGGAGGAGACGGACAGCGGCAACAGCUCCUCUCACAACUCCUCUCAGGACAUCGCUGCCAACAGCAGGGCGUCUGUGGGCAGCAAGUCAGCUGGAACAGGGAGCCAAUCAGGGGCCAGCAGAGAGAGCAGUGGGGACCUAUCAGAACGGGUGGAAGCCCUGCAGUUGGGGGACUGUGGUCAGGAGACGGCCCUCAUCAACAGACUGACUGAAGGCUCCAGAGUUUUCCUGUCCAGAGAGGAGAGCCAAGUCUUCAUCAAAGAAUGCUUCAUUCUUAACUGUGAGGUCGUGGUUGAGCUACUCUCAAGCAAGCUUCAAGAUCCUUCAUAUACCGUUAAGAUGCGGGCUCUGUGUGCGGUCGCAUGCCUCAUGACUUCUGACCUCCUGUCUUUGGAACAAAUGUUUGGAGCUACACAGCGUAGACUUCGCCAGCUGAGUGACGGGCCUCCAGGACCCGUGGCAAACAAAGCCACCAAGAUCUUGCGACAAUUUGAGGCUCUGAUGGGCGGACCUCCACCUUCUAGCAGGCAGGAUGCAGUGAACAGUAACCAUCAACCAACGAUUAAUCACACAUCUACAUACUCUGACGGUUUAGUACCAAAACACUCGGCUGAAAACCUGCAACUUUAUCAGCCUGACAGCUCACCUGCAGAUGUCACCUCGCUGCCAAAUCGUCCAUGUUCCCCCUCUAGUCUGGACCAGAGCUGCUCCACAGGGGAGCUGAUGGAAGACGGUAAUGAGGAGCGAGAAUUAGUGGAAAAUCAGGUGCAGCCAGUCAGGACUGCUGAGGUUAAACCGAUUACAGAAGAUCCACAGGUUAUCAGAGACAAAAGCCCCCCUCCGUCAUGCGAGGCCCAGAGCGAUGUGGCCCAUCGGAGCAGACUGUCCCUGUUCAGAGGCAUGGAGCUGGUGACCAAAGGGAGGCCGCUGCUCGAAAGGGAAACCUCCCAAACAGAGUCGGACAAAACAGAAGGCAACUUAAGGGAAAACCAAACUGUGCAGGACUCUGACUGUUCAGUGAACUCAUCUACGACUUGCAUAGAAACCACCGAGGACGCUCCCUCGAUUUGCAAUUCCGUCGCAUCUACUAGCAGUCAGGCAGUUUCAGCUUUCUCAUUUCUCAACUUUUGACCGCUGACCAACCUUUUAGAGCCGCAACUUUAAACCAAUGAUGUCAUCGUGUGUAUCCUUUGAGAAAUCUGUUUAACUUUAAACCAAGAUCCGACCUGUUAGGUUGUAACUAUAUAUAGAAAGCAGAUUAACAUUCUGUUUGGUUUUUCUCUUAUCUGUGUGCCUCCUCAGAAGCCGGUUUUUAGCAGCCAAAUGGGUCAUGAGAGGGAGAUUUAGAACUCAUUUAAACUGCACCAGAGCAGUCCACUGUCAGUAUGAGAAGCCCUGAAACUGUUAUUUAAGGGACUCUGUUGAUAGUUGGCUGAGGUUUCAUUUCGUGACAGUAUUUAACACGUAUGGUUGUCUUGAACUAGAGGUUAUUAUUCUGCCUUACAAAGUCAGAGAACAGUAACUACAAGAGCAGUGAGAUAAAUGGCUUAAAGGCUUUUAUCCAAAACUGUAGCCAUUAUGGUGUAAAACCUCAAUUUUAAACUUUCUAAAAACCAAUUAAUUAUCAUCUUUUAUUUAAAGAAUUCAAGUAUAAUAUGGUGGCUAUGAGAAAAAUAGUAAAAAAACAAACAAAAAAACAGCAUUUUACUGUAGUCCGAGGCGGCUAGUUUAUGUCAUGCAACUGUUGCAUUAUUUAUAAACCUGUUUACUAAAAUGUUGGAGCCUGUAGUGUAUUGUAAUUCAGUGCACUUACUAAAGUACUGUACUCAAGAACACAUUUGAGGUGAUUGUUCUUGACCGGAGUCUUUUCAUGACUACAUUUAUCCGACAUCUCAUUACCUUGCAGUAACUGAACAUGUGCAGAGAUUAUAAAAUGAUCUUGUUUUUUUUUAAAGUAAGCUACCCAACAGGUUUUACAAGUACAGCUGAAGUGAAAUUAUUAGUUGAUUGAUCAACUAGUCACUGUAGAAUUUUUACAAAUGAAAUAAUCAGUCGAUUAAUGGAGAAAAUAAUUAGUACAUUAAUAAACAAUGAAAAUAAUCAUUAGUUGCAAUAAUGUAAAAAAUUGUUCAAAAUGAGUUCCACUGUAAAAUUCAUGCAUAAGUAAAGAUAAUUUGAUUAUAUAAUAAGUUUUUUACUGCUUCAAGCACUUUUUCUUUUAACAUUCUAGGUACAUUUUGCAAUAAUACUUUUAAAUGUUUACCUAAUUUUCAGUGCAGAACUUUGACUUUUGACAGUAUUUUUACUGAGAUAGAGAACGUGAGUUCCUGGUUGGAGCAUCAAAAUAGAAGAAACAGAAAAAAGUUUGCUUGAGCUGAGGCCUUUUCUCCAGCUAGUAGUAACUAGCAGUUGUAGGAUUGUUCAAAUGUUUAUUUAUUCUCUUUACUCACAAAAAUGACACACUUCUGUGGCAUAUUCAUGUCUAUAGCGUUAAGUAAAACGUCAGAUUCAUGUAUGAUCUCAUGAUCAAAUGUGUAGAUGCUGCGUUUUGGCUUUGUAAGGCAGCACUGAAGGUCGCUUUAUCUCAGGAUUUCUUUUAAGUAACAACUUAAACCUCUGCAGCACGUCCUGAACCUCUGAGGGAGAGACCCUCAAUUUGUAAUUUUGCACUACAGUUGCUUUUCUUAUGAAGUCAAACCUAAAAUGAGAGUUGUCUUCCAUUAUUUUUGGUACUAAGCUAUUAUGUCAGUGUAAAUGUUAUGAGUCUUACUUUACAAAUUAUUUAUUAAGUCUAACCUGUAUUGAUUGAAGUGUACCCAUGAGAGUUAUAGAGUGCAUGAAUAAAAACUGAUGGGGGGGACGAAUGCAGGAAUUAAUUAUUGACAUACUCUGUGUGCAUAAUUAAUAUAUGGAACUGUGUGUGAUAAAACAUCUGCAGUAGGCAUACUGCAAAUAUCUGCAACUUAGUAAGUGGUUUCUCAAGUCAUCAAAGGAUAUUGCCUUCGCUGUUUCUUUGGUUACGUACUGCACUGCAGUGUUGACUACUGAACAAAACACAAACUACACACCCAAAUGGUAAUCCACCCUGCUGGUACUAUAAUGAACACCACUGAUGUAUUUUGUUUCAGUGAACACAAGGCAUGCUGUUCAACAUGCUGAAAAACAAUAAAACCCGCUGUAUUUUUGUAACAGCACCAACUA